UGGUGCACUAAUUUCUCUUCAGAAUACAAUUCAUCAAAUCAUCCAUUCCUCUCAUAUUAACCUUGCCAAGAGCUCUGUAUAUCUCAUGCAACGUACCUACGAGGAGCUGCAGCCCUUUCAAGAAAUUCUGGAAAGAUUAGACGACACAAGCAAAAGCAGGAGCAGGAAGAAGGUGAAUGCUUUGGAUAAACGAAUCAAAAAGAAGUUAGAGGGAUUCGAAGAUUGGUUGGAAUAUGUUGUCUCACAGCAGAUUCUUGCACAGCUUGAGAGCCCUGCGCGAAAUGUGGUCUCCAUUGAUCUCCAAUGCUUAUAUGAUGAUGUCCGUGCCUUGUUCCAAGUGCGAAGGCUUAUGGAGAAAGAAUACGUGUAUGAACUACGCAACAUGGCUGAAGACGAGGGACCUAUUCGUUUUGGUGGAACCAAGUCAAAGAUGAUGGGAUUGCAUGAUCAGUUAGAACAAGUGAAAAAUGAUCUUGAUGGUGAUUUUGAUAGGAAGCUUGUGUGUGCACUUGUUGGAAUGGGCGGUGUUGGGAAGACGACUCUUGCUAACGAGAUAUUUGAAGAUCCACGGAUCUUGAGCAAAUAUGAGCAUCGGGCAUGGGUCACAGUAAGCAGAAAACCUCAAAAGAUCGUUGAACUUUCACGAGGCAUUGUAGCUCAACUCGUUGAAGGAGGUAAAGAAAUGGAUGAGAAAGAAAUAGUAUUGGAGCUGGAGGGGAAGAAAUGCCUCGUUGUGUUGGAUGAUGUAUGGGAGAGAAAGAUAUUGAGUUCGUUGAUAGGUUCCUUGCCGAGUGUUGGAAACAUUCUUGUCUUGGUUACUGCCCGAGAGCGAGACGUGGUUGAAAACAUUACCUCAGAGAGAAGUGGUCUUAAUAUCACGGUGGUGAGGUUUUUGAAUGAAGAGGAGAGUAAGGAUCUUUUAUGCCACAAGGUGUUUGGAGAUGAGAUUUGCCCGUCUCGACUUGACAAAGCCGCUACCAAAAUCGCCAAGAAAUGUGAAGGUCUUCCUCUCAUGAUAGUCACGGUUGCUGACAUCCUAUCAGAAUCCCGUAAUAAGGAUCCAAGCUAUUGGGAUGAUGUAGCGGAAGGGAGGAAUUCAGCCUUCACGGAUGCAUAUGAUCAAAUAUCAAAGGUACUUUUCCCAAGUUACGACUACUUGCCUCAGUAUCUAAAAAUGCCUUUUCUGUUUAUGGGAGUUUGCAGUCCACAUAAUGAUAUCCCAACAUCUAAGCUCGUCAAUACGGUCAGUGCUGAGGGCUGGUUUCUUCACACAAACGAAAGACGGGCUUUGGAAGUGUCCGUUUGGCAUUGUUUGGAGAAGCUUCGCUUUAACAAGAAUCUUCUUUUGCUCAAUGGAAAGAGCAUUUCCCGGGAUGAGAAAAUUGGAGGCUGCAAGUACAAAAGUUGUCGGCUUCAUUCUGCGUGGUGGCAGUUGUGUAGACGAGAAGGUAGGAAGAACAAGUUUUAUCACGUCUUAAAUACACUUUCUGAUGCAUCAAAAACAUAUGUGAAAGGCCAACGUUGUUUGUGUCUGCAAAAUAACAUUUUAUUUGGCUUCAAAGGAUUCUGCAAGUCUGUGAGAUUGAAUUGUGCAUCCACUGCACGUUCUCUCCUCUUUUUCGGUCCGUACCACCAAUAUCCAACCCCAAUAGAUGUUGGUUUCCGGUUGCUUAGGGAACUAGAUGCUCUUAAACUUCGUUUCUACAAUUUUCCAACAGAAAUUCUAACACUAGUCCAACUAAAGUUUCUUGCUCUAACUUGCAACGGAGAACUCCCAGCAGCCAUAUCCAAACUUUUUAACCUUCGAGUCUUGAUUAUCCAUCCACAUAUCAACAUUACAUGUAUUAGGGCUCCAUCCUACAUACCAAUACAAAUAUGGAAUAUAGAAGAGUUAGAGCAUAUUGAGAUCUUGGGAAAGAGCCUCGUAGCCCCCCGUCGUUUUGCUUCUUUGGGAAAGCUCUCAACUCUAUUAGGUGUGAAUGCUACCAGUAUUUGUAAUAUCUUGGAUCUCUCCAGUAGGAUUCCUAAUAUAAAGAAAUUAGGGGUUCGGAUUGAGUUAACGCCUUAUGACGAUCAUAACGACCUUUUGAGCCGCUUUAGUUGCAUUUCAACACUUGAAAGUUUGGAGACACUCAAAUGCAGUAUCAUAAAUCCAACGGUUCGCUAUAGCUCCAUUGUCCCUGCGACUCCUAGUUCAUUGAUGUUGCCACGUAAUUUGAAAAAGUUACAUUUGAGCGGCAUGGGCUUUCCCUGGGAGUACAUGGAUGUCAUUGGCUCUUUGCAAAGUCUUAAAGUGCUCAAGUUGCGAUCAUACGCCUUUCGGGGUUCACACUGGGAAACACGAAAGGAUAGUUUUUCGACCCUCGACUUUCUUCUAAUUGAAGAUAGUGACUUGGUACAAUGGAUACCAAGAAGUGGAAGCUUCCCUAUGCUUAGCUACCUAAGCAUGAAACAUUGCUACAAACUAGUUGAGAUCCACUGGUCUUCCCUUUCUAAGCUCGGAAAGAUUGAAUUAGUCGAUUGCAAUCCUUUAGCUUUGAAUUUUUCCAGCCAAUUAGAACCAACUCCAUGUGCUCACCUUGAUGGUACUGCCACUUCUUAUUUUGACGAGACGCCAGUGACUGAUGAGCUUCGAAGCCACGAGGGACCAAUGCCGCGACAAUGGGUAGACGCGCCAUCCGAACCCGUGUUUAUAGUAGAGCCAGAGCAGUCAUACACAACAUUCUCCACGUCCUUGUUUAUAGUUUCGGUGAUUUUAUUACUAGGAUGUCUCCUAAAGUUAGGAAUGAUGACUUGAAAGAGCAAUUUACUUUGAUGAAUUGAUUGAUUUUGAACUUGCUUGACUAUCUUAUCCUUCAAAUGGUCAAGUUUAUGUUUGAUACAAGAACGCCGAUCCUGUUUAUUUUUUAUGCAUGAUUUUCUUUUUC